GUGCUGUUGUUUCUAUUCUCCUUGGACUACUCUGGAAUAUUCCCUUUGAUUCAAUCAAUUUAAGCUAUCCAUUGGCCUGGACAUGAUAGAGGUAAAAUAAUGGCCUCGGAAAAAUCCCACCAGGGAGAUGGUCAGGUCGAGCAGAACCCCGUCGACCACCUUCAUGGCAAUGCCUCUAGCGAUAACUUCGCUCCUAUCACAGACACUCUCGGCGAUGAAGAAUCCGGCUCUGACCAUCAUCGCAUUGGCCAGGAUCACGCCCUCUCCAAGACACCCACAAACGCUAGUCAGCCAGGAGGAACACUGGCAGCUCGAACCCUCUCCCUCGUCCGUACCAGAGAAUCAGGAAGGGAUGUUGGCCCUCCCCCCGAUGGAGGCUUCAAGGCUUGGUCUCAGGUUGCCCUGGGGCACUUUGUGAUCUUCAACACCUGGGGAUACAUCAACAGUUUUGGUGUCUUUCAGACCUACUACUCCGAGACUUUGGGCCAUCCUCCGUCGGAUAUCUCUUGGGUGGGAAGUAUCCAGAUCUUUCUGCUGUUCUUCGUGGGCACAUUUGCCGGCCGGGCCACAGACGCAGGUUACUUUAAGAUCACCUUAGUUGUGGGCGCCAUACUGGAAUUGUUUUGCAUCUUCAUGACCUCUCUGUGCACCAAAUACUGGCAGCUUUUCCUGGCCCAAGGAAUCGGCCAGGGUCUUGGCUGUGGUCUUAUGUUCUGUCCCACGAUUGCGCUGAUGCCAACAUACUUCACCAGCAAGCGGGGAAUCGCUUUGGGAAUCACUGCCUCUGGAUCGGCAACGGGGGGUCUUGUCUUCCCUGCCGUUGUCAUGCGCCUGUUGCCCCAGAUCGGAUACGGAUGGACCAUGCGCGUGCUGGGCUUCAUCUCCCUCGCCACUCUCACCCCGUGCCUGGUGUUCCUGAAACAGAGACUGCCUCCACGAAAGAGUGGUCCGCUCCUGGAGUUGGGCGCUUUCAAGGAGCUUCCAUACGCCCUGUUUGCUACCGGAAUGUUCUUGAAUUUCUGGGGUUUAUAUAUAGGAUUUUUCUAUAUCGGAAGCUUCAGCCGCAACAUCAUCGGGGUCUCCAAUACCACCUCCAUCGAUCUGCUCCUAGUCAUGAAUGGAGUCGGAAUCCUGGGUCGAUUGGUCCCUAACCUGAUGGCGGACAUGUUCACAGGACCAUUGAACAUGUUGAUCCCCUUCAGUUUCGCUACGGCUCUGGUGGCCUACUGCUGGGCUGGCGUACAUGAUCUGAGCGGGCUAUACGCAUUUGCGGCCUUCUAUGGCCUAGCUGCAGCGGGGAUACAGUCCCUGUUUCCAGCAACGUUGAGCACGCUGACCACGGACUUGAAGAAGACCGGAGUGCGGAUGGGAAUGGUGUUGAGUGUGGUGGCUGUUGCGGCUCUCAUCGGGUCACCCAUUGCUGGUGCCCUCGUCCAGGAAGGUGAUGGGCAAUACCUAUAUGCCCAGAUGUUCAUGGGCAGUGCCAUUAUGGCCGGGAUGUUGACUUUGGUCGCUGCUCGAAUCGCCAAGUUGGGAUUGAAGAUAGAGCGGGCGUGAGGACUAACAACUAUGGCAGUGAGCAGAGGAAAUACGGCACCAAAAUAUAUAUGAAUGAUAAUCAUGACAAUAGAGAAACUGCAUUUUUCCAAAGUAAACCCAAUAAGACGAGA